UCGCGCAGGCAACUCUGUUCAAAAUUGAAAGUUUUUCUUUAAAUUAAAUUCGAUGUUUGAAAAGCAGCAAUAAAAUUUGUAUUUGGCCAUUAAGAGUAAAAUUUACGUAUGAGCAGGGUGCACAAAAUGGCAUGGAGCAACGUUGGCAUAUUCCUGAAGCUCAGCUCGCAGCGUUGUCAGCUCCUCAGCUUAGGAUCCAAAAAAGAGGUAUCCGGAGGGCUGAGCACCGGCAAGCUCAAGUCGGAUGUCCUUGUUAGUACCUCGAAUGCCAGGUACAUGGAGUGCUUGUUUUCCAAAUGGACUAAGGACAAUAACUCUGUUCAUGGAACCUGGCAGCGAUUCUUCAAGGAUUUAGUAUAUGAAGAAGGGGAGACAACUAUGCCCGCUCCAUGCCAAUUCUAUCCUAAUCCCAUUGCAAGUCCUGAUCAACUUCGAAAGGAUGUUUCCAUUUCUUUGCCUCCCAAACAAGAGGUAACUUUGCCGAAAGAGUCGCCACAUAAAUCCCACGAAGCAAAACCUUUGGAAAGUGGAACAAAACUUAGCGCAUCGACUGCAGAUAAAGUAGGAUCGUGUUCCCCAAUGGCAAACCACUUAAUCGACGUAUCGAAAGGAUCUCCAGUGCUUGUGAGGAAGACAACAAAGUCUCCUCCGGUACUGAAGAACCAAUCGAGCAUUUCGAAAUCAACUAGCGAACAGUUGGACUCGAAUACUUGCGUGGUUUGUCCUCAAAAGGUGGACAUGAAUGUGCUGGCACUUUCACCGGAAAUCAGGACAUCUGGACUGUCAGGCUGUCAGGAUGUGCUCCAGUUUUCAACAAGUUGCAUAAAGAAACGCGAAGGCAGUUCAAUUUUAACAGUCAAUGAAAUGGAGAACAAAUUUUCAAAAAAUCAGACUAGGAAAUUCUGUCAGAAGAAGCCUCCAGAAGAGCUAAACUUACCUACUAUGUCAACGGAGGUGAAAGACUCUUUGGGUUCCCAAAGAACAGCAUAUGCUCGCAAUAACUUUAAAACAAAAUUUGGAUCUCUUAGUACUUUCAUGAAAUAUUGGCGACAAGCUUGUAGAAAGAGCCAUUUGAAACGGGUUUCUGGGCCAGAAAUGGUUGUGAAAAGGUCUACAAAAGCCAAUUCCAAGCCAAGAAACAUCAUGUACUUCAAAAGUUAUUACGAAAAGAAUCUUAGCCAAGGAAAGGACAAGGUGGCUAAAACUGCAAAUGAAAAACCAUUAAAACCGAAAGAUGAAAACUCAAAGGAGCAGCCAGAACCAAGACAUUUCAAGUCGAAUGAUAACAAAAUUCAAGUUUUUGGUUACCAAGCGGAAGAUGAAGAUAGCCCUAAGAUGAAACUCGAGGCAGAAGAUAUCACUUUGAAGGCUACCGAACCACCAAAUAAAACAGAAUCCGAGGGGCACAGCACUUCUAGCAAACCAAAAAAUAAAACUGAUACUUAUGAAACCCUUGAAGACCUGAUCAACGAUAUCGACGACACCACCUUGGAUAGAGACAUGAUUGAUCCGAUUGAGCCAGAGAUAAAAGACAGUAAAACAUCAAAACUCUUGGAAAACACUUCAAAAAAGAAUCCAACAGCAUACAAAACGACGCUUAGAGUUUUUAAGUCUAAGCUAAAAGGCAACACAAAAAAUGAUAAAAAAGUAAAACCAAAACCUGAAGCUUUAAAACCUCUUAGGAUUUUUAAUGCCGAUCAGAAAGGCCCACCAAAGGUAAAACCUACAGAAGAAGAUAAAUCAUGGAUAUAUUCAGAUGAGAUCACUCUAAAAAAUUUUAAAAAACCAACUAAUGAUACAAAGAAAAGUACUUUAAAGACUCCUGGGGUUGGUAAAUCCCCAAUCAGUGAUCUCAAAAAUAACUCCAUCAAAAAACCUUUGGAUGAAAACACACGGAAAAAUAAAAAGACGGAGUAAAGUUAUAAAGC